GCCGCGGUGUUGUGUUGUUAUUCUCUCCGAGUCCUGCCUCACACAACACCUUCUCGCAUUCAGCGGGUUGCUUUGUCAUUGCCUAUUGAACACUCUGUUGACUCGCUAGCAGCUGACUAGCAUUCAUACCCGAGACAGAAUGAUGUGGGAUCUAUUUUGUUUGGGGUGCAGGAGUUAAGCUUUGAAAUCUUUGAACUGAGAGGAAAAAAGACUGAUGUGUGUGCUAGCAGUGUAGUGAAGAGACUGGUUAUUUGAUGAUUUUGGAUAGUCCACAUGCGGUGAUGCCCCGGUAAAAUCUUGACUGAUGUGGUGCUAAGAUAGAACAGGUCAGGGUGUAGUAGCAGGUCAACAGAUCAGGGCUCAGUGCAUCUACCUGUGAAAUCCGUUUGAAAUCAACACCUUGGAUUUCUGGCAGGCCUACAGUAAGGAAUAACGGCAGCACGCUGCAGGCUGCCCAGGAUCACAGAUGAUCCCAUACACCAGGAUAAAUUCUAACCAAACCUCAGGAUUAUCCUACAGCCAGCAACAGGGAUGUACCCACUGAGGGCUUGGCGUAUGCUUUUACUGGCGGUUCUCCUCCAGGUGCAUCAUGGAAGUGUUGUGUUCGGUCAGGCUGACGGAGGUAGAAACCCCACCCCUGUCCCAACAAGAGGGCCUAAUGGAGAAUACCCAGAUUUUGAUGACAUGCCAGGAUUUGACUUAUUACCAACAGACACUACAAAAGAAGGUAGCAUAUACAAACAGGAUGGAUAUGUCAGAGUGGACUUUCCCAUGAAAAACUUCACGAAAUACAGGGAUGAGGCAGUGAAGAUCAGCUGCGAAAUCACCGGCGAUCCGCUACCUCGGUACAAGUGGUACAAAGAUGAUAUUGUUAUCAGCGAGAACGAUCGAAAGUUCAAGAUAAAGAGGACAAAUUGGGGAUCAAGAAUUUCUAUUGGAAGUUUGAGGCCUGAAGACUCUGGUAAUUACACAUGUAUGGGUUACAAUCGCUUUGGUCAGGCUACGUCUACAGGAGAGCUGAUUGUCAGAAAUGAACCAAACCCUAAUGCGGAAAGAACGCUAGCCAUUGAUCCAUUCCCGAAAGGAUUGCCCGGGUCUGAUCAUUAUUCAAGAACCAGCGAUAAUGAUGAUCGUAGGACACCGGGGUACAACAGCGCUGGCUUUUGUCAACCAUACAGAGGAGCGACAUGUUCCAAAUUUGUCGGUAAUAAGAGCAUAUUUGUCACGUCCAGAACUAUGCAAAACAGCAAUGAACAGCGUUUUAUUGCUGCGUUCACGAUAAUGAGCAAGUUGUCCAAGAGCUGCCAUGAAUAUGCAAUUCCCUCCCUUUGUUACCAUGCCUUCCCUCUGUGUGAUGACCAGGGUGAGCAACAGAGACCCAGAAAGAUAUGCAAGGAGGAGUGUGAGUUUUUGGAGAACAAGAUAUGCAGGGAGGAUUACAUCAGGGCUAGGGAAUACCCACUGAUUGUGAAUCAGCUUGUCUUACCAAACUGUGCAGAGCUUCCAGAGCCUGGCACUGUGGCCGCUCAGAACUGUAUACGCCUGGGGAUACCAGGGGUUCCAAGAGGGGGAUAUUCUGGUAGUUCUGGUGGCGGUGCACGCUACAGCCCAGGUCAGGAUACAGGUGGAAAACAAAUGAAAAACUGCUACAAUGGCACAGGUGAACAUUACAAGGGAACAGUGAACAGAACCAAGUCUGGUUAUCUCUGUCAGCCAUGGACUAAAAACUUACCUGCUGAGCUGUUUAAGCAGUCGGCAGCCUACAGAGCCUUAGUUGGUCACAAUUACUGUCGCAAUCCUGGAAAUGUAGAAGAGGGACCUUGGUGUUUCACUACCAAUAAGGAUGUACAGAAAGAACUGUGCAACAUUCCAGUUUGUGAAGAUCCCACGCCUGCAGGAAAUAGCGAUAUCAACCGUUUGGUCUAUAUUCUCGUGCCGGGCAUCACAGUGCCUCUUGUGUAUUUGAUCCUCAUUGCGGCACUAUGCUGUUUUUGCCGCCGGAAGAACAACAAAAAGGCUCAGAACCUUCCACAUCACCCAGACCAGCAGAUGGAGCUCAGCCCGCUGACGGGAAAAUCAGGAUCCAGGAUUAAGGAGAUACCUCUGCAGCAAAUCCGUUUCGUACAGGAGCUGGGUGAAGGUACUUACGGGAAGGUGUACAGAGGGGAGGCCCUGGGGCUUCAGCCAGGCAACGCUCCAGUUCGAGUCACCAUUAAGACGCUGAAGGAGACGUCCUCUCCAAAAGUCCAGAACGACUUUCGUCGCGAGGUGGACCUCAUGACGGAGUUGCGUCAUCCCAGCGUGGUUUGCCUACUGGGCGUGUGCAUGAAGCAACAGCCUAUGUGCAUGUUGUUCGAGUAUCUGCCCCACGGCGACCUGCACGAGUUUCUCAACCGCUACUCUCCUCAUUCGGACCUGUCUGUUAGUGACGACGAAGGACAUCAGCGUGUGCUGGAGUACACGGAAAUGCUUCAUAUCAGUACCCACGUGGCCGCCGGCAUGGAGUACCUCUCCUGCCAACGCUACAUUCACCGCGAUCUAGCCGCACGCAACAUUCUAGUAGGGGAUAACUUGACUGUAAAGAUAUCCAACUUUGGUAUUUCUAAAGACCUCUAUUCAUCUGACUAUUACCGUGCUCAAAACAAGUCCUUGAUACCAGUACGAUGGAUGUCCCCAGAGGGAAUCCUCUACGCCAAAUUCACAACGGAAAGCGACGUGUGGUCUUUCGGGGUUCUUCUCUGGGAGAUAUUUAGCUACGGAGUACAGCCUUAUUUCGGGUAUUCAAACCAGGAAGUGAUCGAAAUGGUGAAGAACCGUCAGAUUUUGCCGUGUCCAGAGGAUUGUCCUGGCAGAGUCUACGCCCUGAUGGUGGACUGCUGGCAUGAAAUACCCACGCGGAGACCCACUUUCACUGAAGUGCACAACAAACUGAGAACGUGGAAAGGUGAAGCCAUGGUACCUAACCCUCACUGGAGCACUUGCCUGUCCCAAAGUCACUCCGGGCACUCUAGCAGUACUCAACACAGUUCACACAGUCAGCCCAGUCGCCACAGUUGCUCUGGUCCCAGCACAGGCAACAAUACGGCAACAACGGGCCUCACCGCUGUCAGCAACAACUCGGACCCCAUGCAUUAUCAGCCUCGCCCACCCCCUCCGGCACCGGCGCCCUAUAUGCAACCCAUACCCUUGCAGACAUUUGGACACCCAAUGCCAAUGGCACCAAUGCCGACCUAUUCUAAUAAUUAUAGACCUCCGCCGCAGUAUAACAGUGUAAACCCCUACUUACAAGCCAAAGUAUCGCCACCAGGCUCAGUUGCCAGCCACCAGUCAAACAGUUCAGGGUCACAUAGCUCUGGAGAACACUUCCACCGACCAGGCCACGUGACGGCCCCAAAUCAGGUGGCGUUGCCGCCAAAUCCUAUAUACAACAACAACAUGAACAGCAUGCCGGCUCCGGCGAGUUGCGCCAUGGCAGUGAACCAGGCUGACUCCGGAAAAUUCAGUAAUAUGUUAAUGCAAAAUACCACAUACAUUCCUGAAGGUAGGACUUCCGAAAUGUAAGACUGACUAGCUGUCUUGCCGUUAGACACGUGAGUGCAAGCCUGUGUUAAGAUAUCAGUGGAUUACAAACAGCAUUUCACAUUUGUAUAAGUGCUCUAAGCAACCUACGUGAUCUUUAGAAUAUUGGAUGGUCCAUUUUGACAGAUGACUCGUCCCAGACAGCUGGAUUUAAGCUCUGUUUUAGUUCUUAUCUUGUUUUAAUUAUGCGGAUGUCCGUUGUGUGAUUGUGCCGUGUACGUGCUGGGAUGUAAUGGAAUCUGCAUUGGUGUGCUUGAGAACGUGCGAGUGGACAAAGUGUGGCCUCUGGGCUGAAUGUAAUGAUUUAGAGAUACAGGGUCCCUGGACCACAACCCAAUCAUAAAAGAGUUACAGUGUCAAGAUGAUGUCAUCCAGACAGAUGCCUCUCUGCCUGGUCUGUGACGAUCGUCAUGCGCACGCGCGGUCUGUAGAGGUAUGUAGGGUAGCUAUAGUCACCCAGCUGUGGAUAGAACUAGUUCUUGGCAGAUAAACCAUUGACAAGAAUUGAACAUAACGCUAGUGCUCAAUAAAUAAAAAUGACGAGAUUUUUAACGAGAAACCUGUACUGAGAAUGAAUCAUAGCCCCAUCACGUGAUUGAAGUCAAUACUAGAUUACAAUUUACAGGGAAUAGAAUAACUGAUAAGUACACGAUUACAGUGAGCCCAUUGGACACCUGGCCAUCUUCCCUUAUUCUUACCACAAAAAAGGAAAUUUACCAAUUAUUUAAAACCAAUUGAUUUUUAUAUGUUUAAUUUAUAUUGUUAAGUGUCUGUUUUGUUUUUGAUAGAUAAAGUAACGGACUAGUUUAUGAGUCGGAAGCGACUUUAGACUUCUGGUGAUUGUUUGUUUUGACGAGAUUACCCACUGUUGGGCGUUGUUGUUACAGUGUACUGACCCAGCGGCCUCUAACAGGCAUAUACUACGCAUAAUGCCUUCGUAGUUUUGUGCAAUAACCGGUUCUAAUAGCCUCAAGCAAAUAUUCAUGAUAUUCUACAGCAGUUUGCUCGGCAUCAACAGUUUAAGAAAAAAAGAAACGCUUACUGAUGUAGUAAUGUUUUCAUGUGUUCCGAUACAAAAUCAUAAGCUUUACCUCCAUGUAAUGUUACCAUGGUCAUCGUUUGCAAAGGUAGACAGCUUUAUGGAAAGUGCCAUGGCGUUAACUGUGCCAAACGCGCCAAAAGCGAUAAUUCGUGCCUCUACAUACAUUACGAUAAUCAACGGUGGCACGCUUUCAGCUUGGAUUAUUAACUUUCAGAAGGCUUGCAAGAAUUCAGAAUUUCUGGAAUUGUAAAUUUUUGUAUAUAGGCUGAAUUCCUGCAGUCUUGCAGUUUGUUUCUACAUCGUCUACUGUUAUGCAUUUGUUGUCAGUUGUUAAGGCUAUUUUUCGAAAAUAAGUCAUUUUGCAAUCUAAACUGGGUAUGAGAUUAUUAUACUGUGCAUACAGCCGAGUUGUAUUUGCUUAUCCGAAUGCUUUAAAUAUUUUAAAAAAGGAAUGCAAAUAAAAUGCA